AUGGCAUCGUCGGUAUCCGGCAAACUGAAAGUCUUGUUGUUUGGCACGGUGGGGGACGAAACGGACGCCUUGAUCGAGAAAGUGGCAGCCCUGCACGGCAGCAAGGCGGGACCCUUUGACGCUGCCUUUUGUGUAGGACCCGUGAACGUAGCCCGUCUGCUCCAAAACGAACGGACUCUGACCAUUCCCACCUAUCUGCAAGACGAUUCGUUACGUGAGGAACCAAACCCGUCCUCACCAAAAUCUGAUUGGAACCACAACGCUCCGGAAGACUGCAACCAAAAUUUCGUACCACUCGCUGAGAAUCUGUAUUUAUUGCGCACUCCAGAGCACCCUGCCGCCGCCAAUGUGUGGAGUCUAUCAGUGGCGCCCCGCAAACCCGCCCUGGUAGUAGUUGCGUGUCCCGCACGCUUCCGCGUCGACCAAACCACCGUCGCCCAACCCUUGCUCGAUCAACUCCGUCACGUUUCCUAUACCGGAUGCGACUUGUUGCUGACUACAGAAGCUCCGCAAGGCAUGGAAUCAAUUAUUGGCUCGGAAUCCGUAACACCGUCGUUUCCAACGCCCGGAUCGGCCCUCGCCGUCUCCUACGACGUGGCCGAAGUCGCCUUGUUGGCACGGGCCCGUUACCACGUGGUGCCAUCCCCCAACGGACUCUUUCAACAAUCACCCGCCUUUGCCCAUUUGUCCGCCACGACCCAUACCACCAAUACCCUUCAUGUGGGUCGCGUCCUGACGCUCGGACCGGUACAGCCCGUGACGGACUGGAAAAUCGCCCCCAAAACUCACAAAUUCGUUCACGCCCUGGGACUACAACCCCUCCACCAACAAUCGAUUACGGAGCAGCAAGGUCAACGACCCGCACACGUUUUGACCAAUCCCUUCACCGACACUGCCUAUCAAAGGGAUGGUCCUCCCAGCACGAACGGUGGCCACAAUAGCGGACUUUCGGAAGCCAGUGCGCGCCGCAUUCUGGCGGAAGAACAGCACAAACGAUCCGGCGGAGAUCCGUCCCAACGAUGGAGUAGUACAGGUCCCCACCGUCCCAAACGAUCGAGGGAAAACGACUACCAGGAACAGAACGUCGACCUAACAUGUCGUACGCUCUUUUUGCACGGCCUGCACAAGGACGUAUCCGGACAAUUGCAAAGCGCCACUGGCGGGGAUCAGGUACUACUGCAAGCAUUGGCUAGCUUCGGAGCCGAGCAAAUUCGACGACCGCCGCAAGCCACGACCAGCAGUUUUUGUUUUUGUGAAUUUGGAACACACGACCAAGCUCUCCAAUGCCUGCAAACCCUGGGCGGAAGUUUGACCGUCCACGGUGUGCUCCUCACCGUCAAGUGGGCCACCACUGUGAACGCGGCCACCGGCCCGGAUGGAUCCAAUCCGAAACGUCAACGUCUCACCGAACCCGAAGCCCGUGAAUCGUCGACUAUACACUAUAAGCUACCCCCACAGAUGCUGAACGGUCCGAAUUCUCCUUCUCACGAAACCGUCGCCGAAACCCUACGGACCUGGAUGGAGCAUACGUUGGAAUACGCUUUGGCGUCAGAAGAUGACACGGACCACGCCACACCCACCGUCCAGGCCGCGGACGAACCCGCUUUGCAAGUCCAAAAGCGCCUACCGUCCGACGAAGCCAUGACGUUUGGGUUUUUGGAUUUUGCCUCGCACGCUGCGGCCAGUAUGGCUUUGGCGACAUUAACGGGCAGUACGGAUGGAGGUCGAGUGACAAUGGAGAAUGCCAAACGCGUUCCCGAGGUAUUCAAAUCGCUGUGGGGCGGGAGUGCGGCGGAUACGCAGCCGUUGUAUUUGAACUGGGCGCGCCCGAAGGAAGCGGACGUGCACAAUAUUAUUGAAGAUGCUUCCGGUUUUAAAUUUGAGCGUCGCCAUUUCCCUGCCGAUGCACGAAAGGAUUGCUGGUUUUGCUUAGCCAGUGAAGCUUGUGAAAAACAUUUAAUUACGGGAGUGUAUCAAAGUUGCUACGCGGCAAUGCCCAAAGGUCCAGUGCAUCAAGGGCACGUUUUGUUGAUUCCGGUGAAACACAGCAGUCAAGGAGCAUUGAAAGAUUCAAUCGUUGCCCAAGAAAUGGAUGCACUCAAGUCAAAACUAAGAAAACACGCAUACAGUGUCUACGAUAGCGAUUUAUUUGUGUUUGAACGCGCCAUUCAGACAAAGGGCGGUUAUCAUACCCAUGUGCAGUGUGUUCCGGUUCCCAAAAGGUCGGGUAUUCAGCUGCAGUCCACCAUGAUUGCCCAAGCGCGAAAGACCGGAAUGCAAUUGCGCGAACUUACCUCCGAUCUCGCGCUCGCGGCCAUGUUUACCGAUGAGGAUAACGAAGGGGGCUACUUUUAUGCGGAAAUACCGCUGGCGGGAACGGAUUUCAAGCGCUUUCUAUACAAAGCGGACGGUCAGGGACAGACUCCACUACAAUUUGGCCGGGAAGUUAUCGCAGCUGUCCUGGGUAAACCCAGCCUAGCACAUUGGAAGUCCUGUCUGCUAGACAGAGAAGAAGAGACUGCAAUGGCAUCAUUGUUCCGUGAAUCUUUUGAAAAGUUCUGUUUAGAUUAG